GUGGGAAAGCUGUGGUUCGGAGGGCAAUGAUGAUGAGGGCCAUCGUCGUGUUCGUGGGCCUGCUCGUGGCCUGCCAAGGUACGCAAGUGCACGCCGUCUCCCUCACUUGCUGAUCUCUCCAUCCUCUGGUGGCGUGUGUGGUGCAGCCAUGGACAAGAGCGCCUUCCAGCUCACCAUGCAGGUGAGUGACCAAAGAUGACAAUGCCGCACACACGCACUCGCCCUUUGUGGAUCCUCUUGCUGUUCCCUGGUAUCGUCAGGCGAGGGCCAAGGGUCAGAAGAAGGCCGUGAAGAAGGCGCCUGUGCGGGGCGUCGACUUCCGUAAGGAAAGGACCAACCAGCGAGCCACUCGCUCAGAAUCAACACCACGUGAACAUCUAUCUCUCUUCUGUGUGUGUGUCACAUGUGUGAUUCAGCGGACUAUACGCGUCAGCCUGAGCCUGGUGUGGGUCCCCUGGGCCAGUGGUAUGUGCGUGACGACCCCAACAUCUCCCCCGCCCUCCCGUGGGUCUCCCGCCCAACCAUCGGCGACGGCAACCUUGUCGGCGACUUCGGUCAGUCAGCCAGCCACAUGCAAUGCGAUGCGAUGCGACCAGAUCGGUGUUUCGCCUGUGGUUGUGUUGAUCGAUGGGACGGAUGUCUGCAGGCUUCGAUCCCUUCGGGCUCUCGAAACUCGUCAACAUCCAGUGGUACGGUACACACGCUGGCCUGGCAAGGGCAGGGCCACCACACAGACGAGGGCAAUGCAGGCAGGCAGGCAGACAGGCAUGGACCGAACGGUGGAUGGACAGGUCCAUGGAUACAUAAUUGUGCCUGCCACAUACAUACAUACUAACUAUGUUGGCUGGUCGAUUGAUUCAUGUGUGUGACCACCUUCCUAGGUUGCGUAAUGCUGAGUUGAAGCAUGGUCGUGUGUGCAUGUUGGCGUCCGUGGGCCUGUUGGCGCCGGAGCUGGUGCAGCGGCCGGAGGGCUUCAAGGGCAUCGACUUCGUGCCGGCUUUCUCGGAGCUGAGCCCAUACAAGGCACUCACCGCACUCCCGCCUGCUGGCAUCGCCCAGAUCAUCAUCGCUAUCGCACUCAUCGAGGUAGGUACCUACCUAUCUACGCAGACAGACGGGGAGGGACGCACAGACAGACAGACAGACAGACAGGCCCCACCUGCAGACGGACGCCCAAUGGUGGUUAGCAUGCAUGUAUCUCUUGGUUCCUGUUUCUGUGGUGUCUGUCCCUUGCCUUGCCGCGCGUGCCAUGUCUGUCUGUCUGUCUGCUGUGUGACUGUCUUAAUGGAUCCCUCCCUUCAUCCCUCCCUUGCUUAAUCAGUUGACGACUGCCAAGUAUUUGUACAACCCGACGACCAAGAUCAAGCUGGCGGACCUGACGCUCAGGGAGCGGGCCCUGGUGCAGACAGGCAACACUCGGUUCCUCGCCGGUGGCGCCUUUGCGGAGCUCGGCCGCCUUGGCGAGGAGCGCAUCGAGGAGAGACCUGAUGCAGUUUCGCGUGUGCCGGGUGACCUGGGGUGGGACCCACUGGGGCUCGCGGACAACGGCAUCAGGGAGGACUGGGCACUGGCUGAAAUCAAACACGCCAGGCUGGCGGUAUGAAUGCCACCACACUCACAGCACUGCACAGACAGACAGCCACAAUCAAGGAGCUCACCUACCUCGUUUCUCUGUCUGUCUGUCUGUCUGUCUGUCGGCGUGACGUGUGCUCGUGCUGGUAUGUAUAUGAACAGAUGAUCGGCACCCUGGGCAUGAUGCUGCAGGCCUUCAUUGAGCCCAACAAGCCCAUCCUGCAGCAGACCAUCGAGUGGGCCAAGGGUCAGAUCGGCUGAGCGCCGACUGGUGUGGGUAUGACUGAGGCGGGUCUUGUGCUUUCAUUCAUUCAUGCGAUGCGAUGCGAUGUCCGCGAGAAGUUUUUGACGCUGCUUUUGCUAUCUGCCUGCCGUUUCCCCGAGCGAUGGAUGAGCCACGUGCGUUGCGAAUGGGCAGAUAGCGAGAUGGAUGGACAGACGG